AUGGUGAUUUUGGAUUUGGAUUCACGACUGUUGAAGCUACAGAUUGACAAUUUUUACAAGCGGCUCCGCCUCCUCCUCCGGCUCCGGCAAUGGCGUCGUCUACCACAACCUCUACCUCGACAUGAAUGGCAUCAUCCACCCCCGCUUCCACCCCGAGGGCCUGCAGGUAUAGUGUGCCCUCCGGCGACGCUGGAGGAGGUGUUCGUCUCCAUGUUCGACUACAUGGAUCGCCUCAUCCGCAUCGUCAAGCCCACCUCCCUCCUCUACGUAAUGCAUCCAUGCAUCGAUCUGAAUCUCAUACAGGAGACGGAGGAGAUGAUUCUGAGGGAGAGGUUCAGAGUGGAAGGGAAGGAGGUGCUGCCGCGAGAGGCGUCGUCGUCUCGUGAUCCCAACGUCAUUACGCCGGGGACGGAGUUCAUGGAGAAGCUGUCGCAGGCGCUCAAGUACUACGUCCGUGCCCGCCUCAGCAGUGACCCACUCUGGAGCAACAUCAAGGUCAUUCUCUCUGAUGCAAACGUCCCUGGAGAAGGGGAGCACAAGAUCAUGUCUUUCAUCCGUGCACAGCGUGGCAGGGAAGGCUAUGACCCAAAUACUCGCCAUUGCCUCUAUGGACUGGAUGCUGAUUUGAUCAUGCUUGCUUUGGCAUCUCAUGAAGUCCAUUUCUCAAUUCUACGCGAGGAUGUGCUAACUGGAAGCCAGCAUGAAAACGUCGUCCCUAUUAUCCAAAAUAAUGUCUUCACGGCCCAAGAGGCUGAAAAAUUCAAGUGCAGAGCAUGGUUCCCUCGGAUAACAGAAGCAAGACCUGAGGGCAAGUUACCCAAGAAACCAUAUCAGUUUCUGAACAUUUGGGUACUUAGAGAGUACCUGGAGCUUGAUAUGAAGAUACCAAACCCGGUCCAGCAACUUGAUAUCGAGAGGCUAAUCGAUGACUUUGUCUUCAUUUGUUUCCUGACUGGGAAUGAUUUCAUUGCUCACGUUCCGUCACUUGAAAUAAAUGAGGGUGCUGUUGAUCUAAUUAUUGAAGUAUACAAAGCGUCCUUCAACAAAAUGGGAGGUUAUAUUGUGGACACAGACAAAGUUAAGGAUAAACAUGCCGCCUUUCUGAAAGUUUCGAGGUUGGAAAAGUUUUUCCAUGAACUAUCUUUAUAUGAAGAGAAAAUAUUUCAGAAAAGAUACCGGCUGAAGAAAGUUUUGAUUACCAAGAUUAAAAUGAAUAGCUUAGAGCUGAGGCAAAAAUUGAAGGACAUUCUUUCUAAUAAGCAAAAUCUUCUAAAAAGUGGAGCUUGUAAACUUGACAAGGUUAGUAAUGUCGGUUGUGGCAAUUGGUCCUCUGCAGAAAUAUUGACAUAUAUAAUGCAGAUAAAACUAGGAUCACUUGGAUGGAAAUCUCGGUACUUCAAGGAAAAGUUUGGUGCUGAAGCCAAAGAUGAAAUUGCGAAGCUGCAGAAUGAGAUGGUCCAGAAGUAUUUGGAAGGACUUUGCUGGGUACUACUCUACUAUUUUUCUGAUGUACCAUCAUGGAGCUGGUACUAUCCAUUUUAUUAUGCUCCUUUUGCAUCUGAUGUCAAAGGUCUUUCCCGGUUUAAGAUAUCAUUCACCUUGGACAAACCACUGAGGCCAUUCGAUCAGCUCAUGGCGGUUCUACCACCUGAAAGCUCGUUUGCACUACCAAAAUGUUACAGCAAAGUGAUGAACUCUGAAGAGUCUCUGAUACGAGCGUAUUAUCCAUCAGAGCUAGAUAUCGACACAGAUGGGAAACGUUUCUUGUGGCAGGGCAUUGCGAAGCUGCCGUUCAUAGAUGACAAGCUGCUUCUUUCAGUCACCAAGGAGGCAGAGAAAGAGCUUGCGGUGCAUGAGUUGAGACGCAACGCUGUUCGUCAAGAGAAGAUCUUUCUGAGGAAAUCAAAUGCCCUGGCAAACAAUGAAGCGUUUGCGCAAACAUUGGAUUGCUCCCUGCAAAAGCUCCCGAUAGAUCCUGCUACUAGUGAAAUUGGAGGAUGGUUGUUACCUGAUGAUGAUGAUGAUGGUUUAAGUGGAUUCGAUAGCUCUCCUGUCAAAAAUAACCUGUCUUUAUCAGCUAAGUUCUUCAAUCCUGAGACAGUGAAGCCAGCCACAAGGCUACUUGACAGUGUCAGAAUUCCUGACAAGACUGUAACCGAAGAUGACAUUUCGGUUAGGCCGGCUCUGGCACACACACCCGUACCCGAAAUCUCCUGCGAAUUCCAAGCAAUUGUAGUUGUGCAGCAGAGCCGCAGGCCAGACACCCCUUGCUGGAAGUCGACCACGCCGCCGCCGCCGCGCGAGGAGAUCAGGAGCGCCGGCACGGGGUGGCUGGGGCGAGGCAGAGGGAGCGCCGUCGCCGUCGCCGCCGUCGUCCCUCCCGCCGCCGAGGCGCAGCUGUCGUGGAGCGGUGCCAGGUACGCUCGGGGGCGAGGGAGCGGCGGCACUGUCUUUGGCCACGGCCAGACGACGGCGCGGCACCAGUGGAGCGGCGGCAAUGGGAGUUCGGGGGGUGACAGCGGCGGCGGUCGUGGCUCGUACAACCUCCGGCCUGGAGGCUACGGUAGCGGCGCGUACCAUAGGCAGCAGCAGCAGCAGCAGAUGGCGUGGCGGCCGGUCGGAUCAGGGGGAGGCGGCGGCGGCGGAGAUGGCAGCGGCCGUGGCGGGAACGGGCAGCCCCGUGCUUGGUAG